AUAUUUCCAAUUAUCAUUCAGCUGUCACCUGAAUUUCUGCUUUAGUCUACAUUUUGAUAGAAUCGCUUCAGUCUUGAAAGAAUUUUUAAUUAAUAUACAGAAGUAAUUUAAAAAGUGUAAUAAUGAGUGAAUUAGUUUGGGGUAUUAAGAAUGGCGACAUCGAUCAAGUUAAGGAUAUCGUAGAAAAACAUAAAAUUGAUGUCAAUGCUUUAAUUGACGGCCGGGUACCGCUUCAUUAUGCUGCCGACUAUGGACAGACUGCUGUUCUUAACUAUCUAUUAGAUAAAGGCGCAGAUCCUAAUAUGGUAGAUAAGCAUGGCAUAUCUGUGAUCUUAGCUGCAAUUUGGGAAGGACAUACCGAUUGUGUGAAAACCUUAUUGAAACAUGGUGCUUCUAAAAAUGGCAAGACACCAGAUGGUACACCAUACAUUGAAGCUGCCGAAAAAGAUGAGAUUAAGGAACUCCUAACAUAGAAAUCAUUUAUAUAAAACUGUAUCAUUUGCAUUCUAUAAUUUUUCUAAUGCAUUAAAUGAGUUAUUUUAGAGCAAACAGUAAAGUUAAUAUAUAUUAUUAAAUGCAUUUAUUUACAUUGAUUUAUUUUUAUAAGCUCAACAUAAGAAAAGAUAAAACAUGCAUUGACUGCGUCCAUUAGUUUUUAAAUGUAUUGGAAAAUUUAUGGCCUUCACACAUUAUGAAGUCAAAAUAUCUGUGUGUACAUUUACUCACUUUCUUCAUCAUCAACUUCAAGAGGCCUAUACUCUUAAAUUUAGCGAAUAAAUUAUUUUAUACUAAGAU